AUGGAAGCAAGAGAUGCACAGUUGAACCUGGAUGAUUACGCCGAAUUUGAGCAACGUGGUCGCUCACAUACUUGGCCUGAGCGUCAGUUAGCCCAUCUCGAAUUUGGUGCCGUUUCGAUUGGAGCAGCAGACCCGGGUUUGUCACCCAGAGGAUAUACACCGACUUUACCGACCCAUGAAUCUAGCACAAAUAUCAGUGCUGCUUCCAGUACAAAUCUAACUGAGGCACUGAAAUCGAAUCUUAGCUUUGUUCCAGAACCAGACUGCGGUCAAGAAUCAGAAUUAGCCACAAAAAUGUGCUUCAGCGGAGAAAAACAAAGCAUUGUUCUCUAUUCAAAAAAGGUUCCAUUCCGGACACAGAGUGAGAUGCGACUUCCAGCUGCAAAUAUCGAGAAUAUGAAAUCGAAUAGUGGAACGUCUUAUCCAUCUCACUUUUCUGAACAGAACCUAAAUCAUCAUGUUGCAGAUGCUUUACCGAUACUAUCACUCCCAUCACAUUCACCACUGCCACAAACUCACCCUCAAGCAGUAUCACAUUCCAAUCUUAAUGCGAGUCAAAACAUCGCUCCAACUAAUGACAGCGCACAGUUGUCGGUUUUAAAAUUGGUUUCAGCAGCAGGAAACACGUCCGACGUUCUAUGUCUAACUGGUUCAGGUGAAAACCUCUCAGCUAGUCCAGUCGCCUCACCAGUACACCAUGUUAUUGGUAGUUCAGUCCGGAAUUUAACCAUGGUACCCGUUGAUUCACAUACAGCAUCAAACUCAGGUAUACGAUUCGCGAACAAUAAUAGCGUGUCUAUUACUAAGUCUUUGCCAGCUUCAGGUAGUCUCAGCAGUACUGCUUCGUCAACAUCUAAUAUCUCAACGAAUUGUGCCACUUCUCAGGUAUUAACACCAACUGUCACAGAUUUAAAUGCUCCCGUACCGUACUACACUGCACAUAUGGAUGAUGUCGAAGAAUCGGUUGAAAGGAAUCUGGAAGAUCGUGGAAAGCGAAGAUUAAUUAAGAAAAAACGGGUUCGAAAACGGGUAAAUGGUCUUAUUAGCAUAAAGAAACCGAAUCCUUGGGGUGCAGAAAGUUACUCAGAAUUGAUCUCUAGAGCAUUGAAGAGUACUUUUAAUGGUCGGAUGAGAUUGAGUGAAAUUUACAACUGGUUCGCUUCCAAUGUGCCAUAUUUUGGCAAUCGUACAAGCCAGGAACAAUCAGCAGGGUGGAAGAAUUCAAUCCGGCAUAAUCUUUCUUUACACAGUCGUUUCAUGCGGAUACAAAAUGAAGGUGCUGGAAAGAGUUCGUGGUGGGUGAUCAAUCCGGAUGCGAAACCAGGUAGGAAUCCGCGAAGACAACGAUCUGCAACGCUGGAGACAACUACAAAAAUAGCGAUGGACAAGAAACGACGAGGUGCUCGUAAGAAAGUGAUGGAAAUGAGUGCGGGUGCUGGCGGUGGCACAUUGCUCAGCGCUGGUAGCUCGAUUGUUGGUUCACAAGCCUCAGUGCUGAGCCGUGAGUUAUAUGCUGGUGAAGAGGAUUCAUCGAAUUUUGAACCUUUCCGUUCUCGUACCCAAUCGAACCUUUCAUUAUCCGGUUCUUCAUCACGAGUAUCACCAUCGAUGAUAGAAAAUUACGAGAACUUCGAUAAUUUCGAUUUUCCACCUUUUGUUGAGGCUGCUAGUGCUAUGCCCCACGAUAUUCUGGAUCGCACUAACGAAAUGAAUUUGAAUCAAAGCGACAGUCCAGCAUUUCAUAGGCCUAUGGCUAAUCCGAUGUUGAAUGGUACCAGUGGUCCAGCGUCUUCUAAUCUGAUCGCACAUAUUAAAACUGAGCCAUCAUCCAGCAGGACUGAAAAUAGUGUUCAACCGCCACCAUCUUAUCAUGAACUGGAUGUUGUACGAGGUAUUCAAAAUAUCCAAAAUCCGUUGUUGCGAACACAUCUUAUACAGAAUAGGAUACCAAAUCAACCGGGAGUACCAUACAUUGGUAGCUACUCAGCUGGAAGCUCUAGUGUCGCUUCAUCAAAUUGGAUGCACUCAAAUGUGAUCCCUGUUAAUAUUCAACCCUCGAUAAGCUGUGCUGCACAGCAGUCUUUUAGCGGCAAUGCGGCGGCUUUACCCAUGGAUUUAGAAAAUCUGGCACUUCCUGACCAACCGCUGAUGGAAGUGGAAAACAUGGAAGCUGUCAUUCGUCAUGAAUUAUCUCAAUCUGCUGGUAGUCAGCUAAGUUUCGACAAUAUUUAA